GUUGCUAUUACUAGGAUUACUUCAUGAAGAAGUAAAAAUAAAAAGAAGAUACGGUGUCCAUCCCCUCUGGAAACAGCGAAAGGCUAAAGGACAUUAUCAUAAUUUGAUGAAAGAUAUGAGGAAUAAUCAUUCCUCAUUUUUUAGAAAUUAUUUAAGAAUGGCUCCGUCACUAUUUGAUAAAUUAUUAACGCUGAUAGCUGAUCAAUUACAAAAAUACAGCAAUAAUGAGCCUAUUUCUCCUGGUGAACGUUUAGCUAUUACAUUAAGAUUUUUGGCAACUGGAGACUCUUACAAGUCUUUAGCCUAUGCAUUUUAUGUAGGAUUCUCCACAAUCCAAAAAAUAAUACCAGAGACUUGCCAAGUUAUUUGGGACACACUUAAAGAAAAAUACAUUCCGGAACCUACUGAACAGAUAUGGAGGAAGUCUGCCAUAGAAUUUGAAAGAUUAUGGCAAUUCCCAAAUUGCUGUGGAGCAGUUGAUGGCAAGCAUGUCAACAUUCAGCAGCCUGCAAAUAGUGGCUCUCAAUUUUACAAUUAUAAGGGAACUAACUCCAUUGUAUUGUUAGGUAUUGCUGAUGCACAUUGCAAAUUCUUAGCUGUUGAUGUUGGUGCAUAUGGCUCAUUUUCUGAUGGAGGAGUUCUGAAAGCAUCAGCACUAGGCAAAAAUUUGAAAAAUGGAACAUUGGGGAUACCAAGUUCAAGUAUUCUGCCCAAUUCAAAUACUGUAGCACCACAUGUGUUGAUAGGAGAUGAAGCAUUUCAACUCCGCCCAGAUUUUAUGAGACCAUAUCCUGGUAGACAACUUUCCCCUUUGCAGAGUGUGUUUAAUUAUCGCUUAAGUCGAGCAAGGCGUUGUAUUGAAUGUGCCUUUGGUAUACUUGCCAAUCGAUGGAGAAUUUUUCGAAGACCCAUUGCUUUAGCACCAAAUAAUACAGAUAAAAUAAUAAAGGCAGCUGUUGUGUUACACAAUUAUAUGAUCACUGAGAAUAAUUCAUCAGAUGAAGCAGCAUAUUGCCCAGAAGGAUACAGAGAUUAUUUAGAUCCUAAUGGUGUAUUUUGCGAAGGUUCAUGGCGCACAGAUGAAUUGUGUGAGCAAUGGAAGCCAUUCAAACAAAAUGUAUCACGCAAUUUUUCAAAAUUGGCUGGAGACAUCAGAGACAAAUUUGCCACAUACUUUGUUUCAGAAGGGAAUGUAUCUUGGCAAUGGAAUAAUAUAUAUUGAAAAAUAAAUAAACAAUUUUGUUUAACUAAUUAAUAAAUAUCACUUUAUUCUGCAUCGAUAAAACUGUUAACAACAUCUAUCAAUGUUCUUUCACAGUCUCUUCUUUUUUUUGAUGGCACUUGUACCAACAAACUAUCAAGAUAUAACGCGAAGGGACUUGUUUUACAGUCAUUCAAUUCCCUGCAAAGAAAUAAAUUUUUAAUGUUCUGAAUUGUAACUUACAAAAAAAUAGAUUUUGACAAUUAUUACAUAUAAAAAAUAUAUUCUCACCUAUUUACAUUACUAAUUUCUUUUAGUAAUUGUUCAGAAAAAGCUGUUCUCCUCUUCUUUGGAUGUGGAUGUGGAUGUGAUGGUGAUAUUUCUUCAAUA